UUUAGUAGAAAUCGAAAGUCUCCAAUUCUCUCCGUCGAACCAUGAGCGAAGACCUCUUCAAGAUCGAAGAUUUCUCCGAGCCUAUCACACGCGUCGAAGGGGCUAAGAUGGGCGUCUUCUGGGACCUCCGGGGUUACCCAUUCCCUAAUAGUAUCAGUCCUGAUUUGAUCUAUCAGAAAAUCGAAUCCUCUCUUAUUGAGAUUGGCUUUAGGGGUAAGAUGUCAAUCUGGGCUUAUGUUGACGAGAAGGAUGUUUCCUCCUGGGGUGACUUUUUGUGUAAGAAGACGUGGAAGGCAAGACUCUACUUCCUUCCUGGAGGCGAAAAACCCGAUAAGAGAAUGUUCAAUGACAUUCUUAUAUGGGAAAAGGACUCACCUGUGGACUUUCCUGAGCCAGCAUCUGUGGUCGUAGUCUCUGAUAAAGUCAGAUGUGACCCCUAUUUCUUCGACAUGCUUAGUUCGAUGGAUAUGGGUAGACACUACCAUGUUUACUUAGUAGAUCCAACUAAGCGUGUUCCACCAGAAAGUUCUGAAUGGCCAAUAUUGCUCUUUGAUGAAAUGCACUCUUUUGCUAGAAAGAGAGGAAGGGAAGACGAAAAUCCCACAAAGCGUAGAGCAGUUGCGGAAGAUCAGGGCUGACACAUUAUAUGUGAACUAGCUAGCUUAUGUUCGUAUCGGUGGAUAUGCUCGUUUUGCUUGCAGCAGAUUUUAUUUCAAAGACUCAGUUUUAUUUUAAAUUUUGUUACUUCUCCCCUCUUAGUGUGUUGGAGUUAUCCGUUUACUAGCAAGUUAUUUGCGGUCUUUCAUCUAAAUCCGAACGGUAUAUAGGUACUGCAGUGUUCACA